AUGCUCCCGUUGCGAGCGCCCUUCCGCUCCAUCCGCGCCAUGCCGUCGCCCAUGGUGGCGGCUAUGGCGUCGCGCGUGCCCGCCCGGCGCUUCUACCACGACAAAGAUAUGCCUUCCCUGCUUCCAUUCCCUUUCGACCUCGCACGGCAGUCCAUCCGCCCGCGGAAUCCUGGCUCCAUGGACAAGUCGGACCCCUCGGUCGGCACUGGGCUCGUCGGCGCCCCCGCCUGCGGCGACGUCAUGAAGCUGCAGAUCAAGGUGGACGAGAAGACGGGCACCAUCACCGACGCAAAGUUCAAGACGUUUGGCUGCGGCUCGGCUAUUGCUAGCUCCAGCUAUCUGACGACGCUGGUAAAGGGCAUGCGACUCGAGGACGCCUCCAAGAUCCGCAACGUCGACAUUUCAAAGGAACUCUGCCUGCCUCCAGUCAAACUACACUGCUCCAUGCUCGCCGAAGACGCCAUCAAGGCCGCCAUCGCUGACUAUCAGGGCAAGAACCCCCAGGCCUCCAUCUCUGACCUCGCUGGCACAGUCAGGACACUGGAGAAGGAGGCGGCAGCUUGA